AUGACUCUGCAUUCCUCAUCAGGCACCCUGGUGGCCUUUUUAUUUUGCAUUGUCGGAUUGACUACUGCCACAUUCAACUACCAGAAACCUAGCUUUCUUGAUUUUGACUCCUGGUGGUGGCACACACCCCGUGGCCCUCAGAUAUUUUCCUGCCUCAGCUACUUGGAGAGAAAUGUGAGAGUGGAUUGCGAGUUCCCAAGGAGCGACAAGAUUCCCGGGCCAUUCUGCGAGUUCAGACAGGAUGGGCGCCUCAUGGGUACCACUUACCCCAACAACCCGGUGCACCUCAUACCUUCUGUAGAGACCCGACGGCGUACCAAUGUCACACUGGUACCACCCAACAUUUGCCGCCUUACCUGGAUGCCCAUGACGGAUGACCGAGCAUACACGUACACCUGCAGAGUGUAUCAGGGCAGCACCUGGAAGGAAAACAGCAUGGCUUUUAACCAGAGGAACAUGCUUGUGUGUUCAGCUUUAAGCAUAGACACUCACAAAGCGUCAUGGAUCCUUGUGACUAUGAUUGUACUUUCUGUCUCCUUCAUGGUUUCAUCACCGUGA